AUGCGUGACUUUUGCCGUGUGUACGGAAAGGGUGUUAAAGUUAGUGGAGUGAGACAAAUCUACAAGCAGAGGCCAGGCUCUCUUCCUUUGUACUGUCGAAAGCCAAAAGCCAAGGUGACAUUGCACGAUCAAGAAAGUGCUCCUUUGUUGCAGUGGUUGGAUUUUGUGACAAAACAAAAUGGAGGCAAAAGAGCUGAAAGGGCGAAAGACUUCUCUGAAGCAGAUCAAUGUCGUACUUUGGGCUUCACGUCUGGAAAAGCAUUUAAUAGUAAACGCCUCGUAAACCACGUGAUUCGUGUCGUUGAAGUCAAGGUGAAAAAGUUUUGCGAAGCUUUAUGUCUCAUGGAACCCGACUGCGUCAGCAUCAAUCUUGAUAACCGAAUGGAAAGAAACGGAAAGUACAAAUGUGAAUUGAAUAAUGUUACUCAUGAAGGACACGAACGCGCGCUGAUAAAGGAAGAAAAUUAUUUUUAUCAUGCGGCUGAGGGAAUCUUCCUUUCAGAUAUUAAUAAGUGUGUUGAGGGAUCAUACAGCUGCAGUGUUGACGCUGUGUGUAACAAUAGCAAUGGAUCGUACAAAUGUACGUGUAAACAACAAUACUAUGGAGAUGGAUUGACGUGCGAAGGUCCUUUCCUUCAUUCGUGUAAAGAAAUUUACAAAAGUAAAAGAGCGCUUGCGUUCAAAACUUCUCCAAGAAUAACGCCACUUGUCAAAGCGGUUUUACCGACAAAGGAUAUCUCCGUUUGUGUACUGCUGCAUUCAAAGGUCAAAACUGUGACGAGGGGAAACUUCCUUUCAGAUAUUGAUGAGUGUGUUGAGGGAUCGCACAGCUGCAGUGUUGAUGCUGUGUGUAACAAUUCUAAGGGAUCGUACAAAUGCACAUGUAAACCACAAUACCAUGGAGAUGGAUUGACGUGCGAAGGUCCUUUCCUUCAUUCGUGUAAAGAAAUUUACAAAAGUAAAAGGUCAGAGGAGAAUAGAGCUUAUCAACUUCUAGUGGAUCAUAGGAAGGUCAACGUUUACUGUCACAUGACUGAUGACCUUGAGGGCUGCGGGGGCGCUGGAUGGACGACGGUAAUGAAAAUGGACGGCAACAAGUCAACCUUCCACUUCGAUUCGAAACUCUGGAGUAACAUGAGUGACUUCAAUCGUCAAGGAGGGGGGACUGGUUUUGACUUUCAAGAGACCAAGCUACCGACCUACUGGAACACAUCCUUCUCCAAGAUCUGUCUAGGGAUGAACAUCGGUAAUCUAUCCAGAUUCAUUCUCAUCAAAAAGCAAGCCAGGUCUUUGCACUCACUUAUCGCUGACGGGCAAUAUCGUGACACGUCACUGGGUCGUGACACGUGGAAGUUACUGAUUGGCUCCGAGGCAUCCUUACAGUCGAAUUGUAAUAAGGAAGGGUUCAAUGCUGUUACGGGGAAAAUUCAUACUUCAAAAGCAAGAAUCGGUAUCAUUGCUAACAACGAAAACCAUUGCCGCGGAUGUGAUUCCAGAAUUGGCUUUGGCACAGGUGGGUAUGGAGAUGACUCCAACACGUGUGGGAACGAAGCAACGCACUUUCCAGAUAAUGGAGAGAGACACAUCAAAGCCAUGGGGUACAUCUUGGUUCAGUGACAAGGAAAUCCAUCUAAUCCUAAAGAAAUGGACACGAAACCAACUCUAAAUGACUUGUAAAUAUUUAGUUGUAGCAAAAGAGGUCUCAAUAAGAAAUUAGUCACCGAGUCUGAACUAUUUUUGUUUUAUC